AUGAAAGUGCGAGCAACAAGAACAGCAGAACCGAUCAGACACCUCGUAUUUAAGGCAACAAAUAAACAACCAAGUCCACAUCCCAGGGCAGUUCCUGUACAACCUAUGGAACAUCAUUAUGUACGACGACGGGAGUUUUGUGUAUUCUAUGAAAUAUAUUCACCUAUUGAGGAAAUUUUCCAACGAGUGAAAGUAUCGGUACCUGAUAUAACGGGCGAGCGAGCAGGCCGAGCAGUAUAUAACACUGUAGAGCCUGUCGAGAAGGUGACGUUAGCAUUGAUUGGCGUGUCAACUCUGGCUGUCUUAUGCCAGGCUGACGGCGGGCACGGGCACGGAGGUGGAUAUGGGCACGGUGGUGGACACGGCGGUGGAUACGGACACGGUGGACAUGGUGGUCAUGGCGGAGGAUAUGGGCAUGGAGGUGGACACGGCGGUGGAUACGGACACGGAGGCCAUGGGCACGGAGGUGGAUAUGGAGUAGGCGGCAUCUCGAACAGUAAUUUCAACCUGGCAGGUCCUAAGGGUGGAUAUGGCCAUGGGGGUGGCCACGGUGGUGGAUACGGCCACGGAGGUGGCCACGGAGGUGGAUAUGGUCAUGGUGGCGGCCACGGAGGUGGAUACGGUCAUGGAGGUGGCCAUGGGGGCUACGGACAUUAAUGGCCCCACGUAAUGGUUGUUUAUAUGACAUAGAUGGCCAUGCUCUAGGAUUAGGUUAGAUAUUUUGAGCUAUUACCUCAGAUUUCUCAACUACUCAUGUAACAUUUUCCUGAUAGUCAUGAAUGUAUAUAAAAUAAAUUGACGUAAGAUUUACACUUAUAACUAUGCUUUUAUAUUAUUCCUUACUUGUUAAAUAUCACACAAAACCCUUUUGAUAUACCACCAGUUGUGUUUGUUAGAAAUAUUAGUUGAACAUUGGUGUUUUUUCCUCUCUUUUUUAUUUUUGACGAACUCUGUGUUCACACAUACAAUGCAUAGACA